AAUUUUAAGUUGCAUAUGUCAAAAGUCAAAAUUUUCACUUAAAACUGACAUACUUUGUUCUUGUUAAAUGGGUCAGUGUAUAUGUUUAAUAAAGCAAUAUAAUUUGUGUAACCACAAUAUAUAAACUGAUUUCUAAUGAAUGAAUGUAUUUGGUAACUACUUACAUGCGAAUUGAAUGUUCAAUAUCAUGGCGGAACCGGUCACAUUUCAAGAGCAACAAGACGGAGCAACUUCUACCGUGACUGUACUAGAGACUGAGGAACAGCAAGUUCCUAGGGUAACAUUGAAACUGAGAAAACCAAGGACUGACAGAAAGGUGCAAUGGAGCACAGAAACUGUUGAUAAUGAAAAUAUGAACAAGAAGAAAUCAAAAUGUUGCUGCAUAUUCAAUAAGCCUCGUUCCUUUGGAGAAAGUUCCUCUGAGGACUCCGACGAUGAAUGUGACCAUUGUCACGGCCACGUAGAGAGAAAGAAAAAUAAUGCUCCACCGAAUACUUCAGACUGUGUGGAUUCGGGAGAAUCGAGCACAAUCGAAACCCAGCCAAGUCACUAGAUAAUUAGACUGGAGUUUUUUUAUUAUCCGAGUCCUCAUCAUAAUUUAUACUAGGGUGUGAUUUUAUUGCUCUUGUCAAUAUAAGACCAAGAAUGUUGAAAAUAAAUGAUGGCAAGAAAUUUUUCUGUGAUGUUUACAAUUUAUUAAUCGCUUAGAGGGAAAAAUUGUUUUAUCAGUUGAAAAUGUUUUGAAAUAUCUGAGAGUGUUAUUCCCUAACCUGUAUUUAUAUGUAAGAUUCUUAAUAUGUAAAUUAUAUCAUAUUAAAGUAAGGUAAUACAAA